CGGCGGGCCCCGCGGCCCGGCCCCGUGGCGGCGGCGACCAUGCUGCCAAGCUCCAUCCAGAUCUCCGGGGAGCCGCUGUCCAGCGCGGAGGUUCGAGACAUCUGCCGCGGCCUGCGGGACAACGCCGUGCGCCUGCUGUCCCUGCGCGGCUGCCGCCUGUGCGACCGCGACUUCGCCCGCAUCUGCCGCGCCCUGGCCGGAGCCUCGUCCCUGGCACAGCUCAACCUCAACCUGGGCGUCGUGUCCAGUCCCGGGCGCGUCAAGCAGCUGGCUGAGGCCCUGCGGGUCAACCGCUCUGUCCAGUCCCUUUUCCUUCAUGGGAGCCCCCUGACUGAUGCUGGAUUGGCCCUGCUCAACCCUGCCCUGGCUCUCCACCCCGCCCUCGUGGCCCUAGACUUAGGUGACUGCAUGCUGGGGGAUGAAGCCAUCAACCUCAUCUGUGGUCUCCUGCCCCCUGAUGGGGCUAAGUCAGGCCUUAAGGAGCUGACCCUGAGUGCCAACCCUGGAAUCACCCCCAAGGGCUGGAGCAGACUUGCCAUUGCUGUGGCCCACAGCUCCCAAGUCCGAGUCCUCAAUCUGGACUACAACCCCCUGGGUGACCACGUGGCAGGGAUGCUGGCUGUGGCCGUGGCCUCCAGUCGCACCCUGGAGGUCCUGGACUUGGAAGGGACUGGCCUUACCAACCAGUCAGCCCAGACCCUGCUGGACAUGGUGGAGAAUUAUCCUACGGCCUUGCGGAGCCUGGUGUUGACGGAGAACAGCAUCAGCCCUGAGCUGCAGCAGCAGAUCUGUGACCUGCUCUCCGAGGGGGAGGAGGAGGAGGAGGAGGCCGCCACUGGCGACGGCAGGGUCCCCCGGAGGGAUCGAGCCAGGGAACUCGAUGCUCUCCAAAGAGGUGGAGCCUGGAUCUGCCCCAGCGAUCCUGGAUCCCAGAUGGUGCUGAUGACGUCGGGGCUGGGAGACAGUCUGUUAGCUGAGACCGAGAUGUGAAUCCUGCGACUCCCCCCUCCCUGCCCCCCCUCGCCCCUCACCUCCACGUGCCCCUGUGUAUGUCCUCCAGUGUGUGUGUGUGUCCACGUCUCCACAUGCUGUGGUGAGCAGGGCCGGUGCCCGGGGCUCUGGCAGCCCCCUGGCCGCAGGGUGGGCAGGUGGGUGGCUCUGGCCACUGGGAUUGACUAAAUGGCUGCGAGGCGGCGCUUCUUCCCAGGGCGAUGCCCCUCGCUGGCUGCCUCCCCUCGGCAGCCCCGGCUGCAGCCCGCUGGCUCGGUAGAUUUUAUAAACUCCACAACCUGGUGUGCGGCUGUGGUCACUG